AGUUUUUUCCGGUUUUGCUAGCAGCCGCAGAAACAUGGCAACUUCAGGGCAUCGAAUGACAUCCUCACUGUCAACUUUGCCAAAAUUUGGACAAGACGACGUUGUUCGCUUGGUGAAGGACCACAGUAAGGUGAAAGGCUCAAAGCUGGACAAGGGAUACAAGUUGUUCUUCGAACAGUUUGUUUUUAACUACAAGGGUUGUACUGCAAGCAGUAAGUAGGCCUGUUGCAUUAAAUGGAUGUAGCUGUUCCUGUGCAGCUGGAAAGGCCUUGUGCAAUCAUGUGGUGGCACUGCUUUUCCAAACUGCACACUACAGUACCAUGGGAGUGAAGACAGUACCAACCGCACUAUCAUGCACCAGUGCUCUUCAAACAUGGCACAGGCCAAGGACAAAGGGAAUUAGACCUGAACCCAUGGAUGAAGUUGUGGUGCGGAAGCCAAAAGCAGCAGGACGAAGUUGUGUUAAGUCUACACUCUAUCAGGCAUACCCAGGACCUUUUCCUGACCCAGCACUGCUCUCCGUUGGUGAUAAAUUGAGAGACCUUAGACCACAGCUUGGUAUUUGCUCAAUCGUGUGUGGCCUCUCAAGCAUGGAAUUAGUGGAAUCAAAAUUUGGUCAAGUCCCAAAGGGCUCGGUUCUCUCUUAUCAAUGCCCCACUGCAGUAUCACAUGAAAUUUGCAAGCAUCCUGAAGCCCCUUCAUUCCCAAAACUGCCAUUACAUGGCUAUAGAUUAGACAGGCACAUGAAUUACGUUCCCAGUUUUGAGGAGUAUUACCAUAUUGAGAGUUUGAUGGUUACUAGUGAACUAUCAUGCAUUAUUGAGAAAAACACAAGAGAGCAAUCAGAGAAUCCACUUUGGAAAGAACUGCGACAGCCACGCUUAACUUCCAGCAGAUUUGGUGAAGUGUACAGUGCAAGAGGGGAUUCAUCAUCUGAGGCACUUGCAGUCAGGAUGCUGAGAGGUGUACGGCAAACAUCCGCUAUGAAAAGAGGCAUUGAACUUGAGCCAGAAGUCCUACAGCUGUACAGUGACUUUUGUGGUGUAAAUGUGUCACCUUCUGGAUUUGUCAUUCACCCUGAUGCACCAUACCUGGGUACUAGUCCUGACGCUAAAGUUUAUGAUCCAUCUGAAAAACCACCCUUUGGGUUGGCUGAGGUGAAAUGCCCGAAUGUUAACAGCAUAGCAGAGGCUACACAUAUCAAAUUUACUAAUGGUCAGGCUAAAUUGAAAAGAAACCACAAAUAUUUCUGGCAGGUUUUAGGCCAGUUGGCAAUAACUGGUUUGCCUUGGUGUGAUUUUAUCACGUCUACUAAAAGUGAUCUCACAGUAGAGAGAAUUUGGAAGGACGAGUCCCUGAUCAACGAUUUAAAGAAAAAACUUGACCUUUUUUAUUUCAACACUUACAUGCAAACUUACCUGAAAAACCAGUAACAUACACAUGUAAAAAUUGCCACACACACCACAUGUAUUGUUCUCUUUAUGAGUUUGAUUUAUUCAUUGAAAAUGGGACAUAGCUGUAUAUUAAUGUUGUGUGUGUUUGUGUGUGUAGAUUGUAGAUACAUGUUUGUGUGUGUGUGUGUGUGUGUGUGUGUGUGUGUGUGUGUGUGUGUGUAUAUACAUUAUUGGAUAUGUACAUUUUUAUGCAAAUAUUCAACAAUCUAUUCAUCUACAGAACUUAUUUAUAUUGUGAAGCACUAUCCAAUAAACAUUUCUUAAUGGA